AAUUAAGACCCACUUGGCUCUCCAGCACUUGGCUGCCAGCGGCGGGCGGGCGCCUCCCCACGCUGGCGUCCGCCAGGCAUUGCUGAAAGACGCAAUGUUUAGCCCCAGAGGAACCUUGCCCCCGAGGCCCAGAGGACCCAACCCGUCGGGCACCAAAGCCCCGGGAGCUUUCGGGGCCGGAGGCGCGGCGGGGCCGCCCAGGAAAGCCGCGCCCGCGACGCCCCAAGGAGCGCCCCAGAGAUUCUCGGGGCAGGACGCGCCGCAGUGGGCGGGUUCGCAGAGGAUCAACGUCCGCGUCACGCUGCACAGGGCCGAUCCCAGGAAAGUCAAGGAGAAGAGCAACCUGCACCAGGAGCAGAAGGGAGACCCGCGUGCCAACCGCUGGGACGGCGGCCCCUGCCCCGCCGGCGCCGCCGGGCCGAAACCACCCGGCCCGGCGCCGGUCUUGGAGCAGAAUUCCAACCCCCAGAACCGCUACACGCCCGAAAGCGCCUCCAGCAUUUUAGCGAGCUUCGGCUUGUCCAACGAAGACCUGGAAGAGCUAAGCCGCUACCCCGACGACCAGCUGACCCCCGAGAACAUGCCGAGGAUCCUGCGGGAGAUCCGCAUCCGGAAGCUGGGCCACGCCGUGCCCGGCCUGCACGCCGCGAGCCGGGGCGAAGAACCAGCGGGCGACGGAGGCGGCGUCGCCGUCAAGGGCAAAGUGAUCGACUACGGCCACGCCAGCAAGUACGGCUACACCGAGGACCCGCUGGAGAUCCGCACCUACACCCCCGAGGCGCUGCCCGAGGAGCCGCUGGAAGCGCGCGUCUACAAUCCAGAAAGUUCCGCCGCGGAGAACCGGGAAGAAUUCCAGCGGGAGCAGAGCGUGCCGGUGGCCGUCCCGCCGCCGCCCAACGUGCCGUGCAACCCCGUGUUCCCGGCCGAAGAGCUCAUCAAGCUGCCGGCGUUCCCCGGUGACUCCUCGCCCGCUCCGCCGUUUUUCCCGGCCGAGCCGCCGGCCAAGGCGCCGGGGCUGUGCGGGGCCGCGCCCGCCGCGCUGCCGGCGGUGAAGCCGGUGUCGCAGCCGCCCAUGCCGCCGGUGAUGCCGCCCAUGCUGCCGGCGCUGCUGCCCUCGCCCAUGCCGCAGCCCAUGCUGCCCCCGGUGAUGCCGCCGCUGGUGCAGCCGCCCGUCACCCAGCACGUGUUGCUCCCCAUGACGUCGCCGCCGUUCUCGGCCGGGCUCUUGGCCGCCAUCAGCCAGCACGAACAGAAACAACGCGACACCGGCGGCGCCCACGCCGGGCCCGGCCCCGCCGGCGGGACCUCGGCGGGACACAAACCCUUCCACAAACCCUUCCAAUCAACCAUGGACGAACCCAUCAAAUCCCCGUUCGGGGUGGUGAAGGCGUCCUGGCUGCCCGUGUUCCCGGAUUCCCAGAAGAGCAAACGCCUGCCCACCCCGUCCAUGAUGAACGACUACUAUGCCACGUCGCCGCGAAUAUUCCCACAUUUGUGUUCUCUGUGUAACCUUGAAUGCACUCAUAUGAAGGAUUGGAUCCUGCACCAGAACAACCCCGCCCACCUGGAGAGCUGCCGCAGGCUGCGCCAACAAUAUCCUGAGUGGAAUCCUGAGGCUCACUCCUCCAACAGGAAUGGCGCCGAUCGGAAGGAGAACCGCACCCCCAAGCACCGCUCCAGCUCCUCCAGCCCGAGCCGUCGGCGCUGCCGCCCCUCGGGGGGCUCGGGGGGCUCGUCCCGCCCGUCCUGCUCCUCCUCGGGCAGCUCUGGGCUGCGCCGGUUCCGCUCCCGCUCCCGCAGCCCCGGGCGGUUCCGGCGGCCCCGCUCCCGCAGCCCGCGGCACCUGCGGCGCCUGAGCCCCCGGUUCCGCUCCCGGUCCCGCUCCCGCUCCCCUCAGCGCUGCCGGAACCCGGCCCGGCCCCUUCCCCGGGCGCGGCCAUCGCCGGGAACCGAGCGCUGCUCCCGCCGCUGCAGCCGCUCCGAAGACAGAAAAGCAGCUCUGGAGGCCGUGAUGAAAACCUUGGGGCCGGGAUUUUUGGCGGAAUUUAAAAAACACAAAUCGCUGCAAGCGGCGGUGGAGGAAUCGCUGAAUUCCGGGAAAUCCCAUGGGAUUGGGAAAAAAAAUCCUAAAAGUGGGAAAAAGGAGGGAGCAACUGGGAGCUCUGGCCAGGAGGCUGAAGGGAAUGGGAACAAAAAAGAGAGGGAGGAGGAGGAGGAGGCGAAAAAUCAUCCGGCGGCGUACAACAGGCUGCUGCGGGAGGAGCUGCUGAGCUGUGGCACGGUGCUGCAGAUCUCGGAGCUGCCCGAGCAGGGAUUCACCGACCAGGACAUCAAACGGCUGGUGCAGCCCUUCGGGAAGGUCAGCGACCUGAUCGUGCUGCGCUCCCGGAAUGAGGCGUACCUGGAGAUGAAUUUCAAGGAGGCCGUGCUGGCCGCGGUGAAGUUCGCCGAGACGACGCCGCUGCUGCUCAACGGGAAACGCGUGCGGGUCAGCGUGGCCGAGAGAGCGCAGGUGAAAAAAACGGUGAAAAAACGAGUCCUGAACCCCAAAAAAACCCCAACAAGCACCAACAGCACCAAGAGCCCCAAAACCCUGACAGGUGAGCAGGAGGGGCCAGGGGAACCCAGCACAGCCCCAGAGCCCGCGGCCGGCGAGGAACCCACGGAGCCUGGAGGGGAGGACCCAGAGGAAUCCUGUGUGCUGCUCAUCUCCAACCUCCCUGACAAGGGCAGCUCCCCCCAGGAAAUCUCCAACCUGGCCAAACCCUUCGGGGCCCUGCGGGAUCUGCUCGUGCUCUCCUCGCACAAAAAGGCGUACGUGGAGCUACCGCGGCGCGCGGCCGAGGCCAUGGUCAGGUUCUACAGCUGCUUCCCCAUGGCCAUGGAGGGAAACCAGAUCAGCGUGAGCCUGGAGCCGCGGCACCGCAACCUGGGGGAUGAGGAAGCAAUUUUCAUUGCUCUCAUCAAGGAGUCAGAUCCCAAGCUGGACUCCUCGUGCCUGCGCUCCCAGCUCGUUCACCUGGGGAACCUCCCGGCCGAGGGGUUCCGGGAGCUGGAGGUUGUGUGUGCGGGGCUGCGCUUCGGCAAGGUGGAGCACUACGCCGUGCUGAGCAACCGACACCGGGCCAUCCUGCAGUUGGACAGCCCCAAGUCGGCGCGGUACAUGCACAGCUUCCUGCAGCAGUACCCCUAUUCCAUGGGGGAGCACACGCUCACCUGCUCCCUGUCCUGCCAUGCUGACACUCCUGAGGCUGAAGGCGGGAAAAGAGAAGUGAAGAGAGAGGAAGGGAGCAAAGCAAGCUCUGGCUUGAAAAAAAAUCCAGAGGGAUUGGGAACGGUGCAAAAAACAGCCGGAAAUCCAUCGGGAGAGCCCAGGAAAGGCCAAACUCCCAGCCCAAAUGUCCAGGAGGAGAUUCCAGGGGGACAACUGGAGACUCCAGAGUCACAGCAAGGAGCAGCAGGGAUGGAUGUGGAGGGAUUGGAUCCUGAAAUUGGAAUUCCCGUGGAUCCUGUCGACAGCAAAUCGCCCGGAGCAAGGGCGGAGGAGAAACCGGGAGCGGGGAAGGACGAGGCUGGGGAUGAGCCAGAGCUGGAAAUCCAAAAGGAGGAUGAGGAACCCUCUGCUCCUGCUGUGGAUCUUCAGGAAUCAUCCAACAAAGGGAUCCCAGCUGGAGGAACACCAGGAGCCAAUCCUGGAAUGUCCCCGAGCUCCGAGGAGGCUCCCGCGGUGUCACCUGGUGUCACCCAGCCCAGCACAGAGCUGGCUGCUCCAGAAAAAGCUCCCAUUCCUGAGGCUGGGAAAAACAGCUGGGAAACAUCCACGGAGAGAAAAGCUGUUCCAAAAAGUGGGGAUGCUCCAGGGAAAAAAUGGGAUGCGGCCGGAGCAGAGAGAGAGGGGACGGCGGAGGAAUCCAUCAAAAUGGGGGAAAAUCCGGGGAAGAUUUGGGGCAAAGCUGGGACAGAGCUGGAGAAAACACCUGGAAAAACAUCCUGCAAGGGUGGGGAAAACUCUGGGAGUGCUGCUGGGGAGACCCACGUGGGAAGUUCGGUUAAAAUCUCACCGAAUAAAGGGAUGGGAGCCGCAAAAUCCGACGAAAACCGCGCGGCGGCUCCGGUAAAUCCCGCUGGAGCUCUGAAGGAAUCUUGUGUUGGGAAAACCCUUCUGAAGGCGGUGGUGUCUGUCCCAGAUAUCCUGAAGCAAAGAAUUCCUGUCAGGAUCACUGAGCCUUCCUUGGGAAAAGCUGGGGAGCAGAAAAUCCCUCCCAAAGCGGGGCUGGAGAAGAAAAUUCCAGGCAAAGCCGCGGCUCAGACGGGAGCUGGGAACCAAUGGAGAGGGAACGGAAAUUCCGGGAUGGAUGCGCAGGGAGAUGGUGGGAAGAGCUCAUCCCAACAGGAAAAGGAUUCCCAGCUGGAAUCUCGGGGCAGUUCAAAGCAGCAGGGAGAGAGUGGAACAUCUGGCACGAGGGAAAAUCCUGGCGGGAAUCAGGUUCCUGGCGGGGGCGGUGCUGCAGCUGGGAAAGGCAGCGCUGGAAAACAGAAGGAGGAGGAAGAGCUCUUCCCCUUCAACCUGGACGAGUUUGUCACGGUGGACGAGGUGCUGGAGGACGCCGAGUCUCCGGUGACGCCGCGGCGAAACCCCCCGAGGGGGAAGAGAAAAGAAACGCCCAAAGCCAACCCUUCGGAACCCGCGUCCAAGAAGAGGAGAGGCAAGAGUGGCGGAGCCGAAGGUGAGCUCUCCUUUGUCACCUUGGAUGAGAUCGGGGAGGAGGAGGAGGCGCCGGUGCCGCUGCCGGGCGUCGACCCCCAGGGCCUGGUGGUGGUGGAUGAGGUGGUGGAAGAGGAGGAGCUGUCGGAAGCGGUGAAGGAUCCGCAGGCGCUGCUGACGCUGGAUGAGAUCUCGGAGCAGGAGGAGCCGGGAUCCCACGGCAGCGGGACCAGGGGGGAGUUUGAGGAGCGCGAUCUGAAGGCGGAGGAGCCCUUGGUGACCGUGGAUGAGAUCGGCGAGGUGGAGGAGCUGCCCCUCAACGAGCCCGCCGAGCUGAGCGCCGCCGAGGAGGGAAAAGCCAAUCCCGGAGACUGCGCCGCCUCCCAGGUGCCCGACGACCCCAACGCCUUGGUGACCGUGGAUGAGAUCCAGGAGGACAACGAGGACAAUCCUCUGGUGACUCUGGAUGAGGUGAACGAGGACGAGGACGAUUUCCUGGCCGACUUCAAUCACCUCAAAGAGGAACUGAACUUUGUUACGGUCGAUGAGGUCGGCGACGAGGAGGAAGAAAGCACUUUCCCAGGGAAAAACCUGCCUGAAGAUGAAGAUGAUGAAGAUAUUGUUGCUGUUGCAGGACCAGAAGAAAUGGGAAUUCUGGGAGAUACAAAUCCAGAGGAGGAAUUGGCUGAAAUCUCCAAGCCAAAAGCAGCUCAGCUGGGAUCAGAAGAUGUAGAACCAAAGUCUCAGCAGAAGAAAACGACUUUUCCAGGUGUCCCCAAGACACAGAGCACUCCCAAAGCUCUGGAUAUCCUGGUGCCAAAGGCUGGAUUCUUCUGCCAGAUCUGCUCCCUGUUCUACGCCGACGAGCCCUCCAUGAUCAACCACUGCAGGACCGCCCUGCACCGGCAAAACAUGGAGAAAUUCAUGGCCAAGCAGCAGGAUAACGGCGGGGAAGAGCCGAGCUCCAGGUGAUGGAGCUCCCCAGGAGCGACGCUUCGGGGCUACUCAGUUCUGUGGGUUUGGAUUUCCUUUGGCACUGGGGGUCAGGAUGGAGCAUCCAGGGUGUAAAAAUUCAGAGCUGGGAACAGACUAAAACCCAAACCAGGAGAGGGUUGGAUUUGUGUUUCCAAUCAUCCGACGUGGGAGAGACUUGCAGGUGUCCCCAGGAAAUAAAUGUUCUCAUUGUAUAGUUACCCCA